AUGAUUGUGAAGUCGCCAACUUGGUUGGAACGUCAGCGAGGACUGCGCUACUUUCUGGAGGUGCGCCGCAUGCUGUAUGAGCAGUGGAACUAGGAGAUGGCGUCUGCGGUCCUCGACGACCUCCAGUACCCGGCAGUGGGGCCCAUGGGAGGCGUCUUCGAGAGGGUGCGGGGGAUGGGGUUGCUCACCUCUGUAGAGCGCCAGGGGCUGGAGCUACUGUCGGAGCUGUUGGAUCCCUUUGCCUCCCAUAGUCCCUUCUCCCUCUACCAGACCCCCGCUCGCACCGUCGACGGCAUGGAGGUGCCAAUGACUCCGCUUCUCUUGCCCAUCUUUAGGCGCUCUCAUCCGAUCCGAGGGUACCAAAAGUGUCACUCCGUGACCACAUACGCCAAUGACGGGGCAGGCCGUAGUGAACUCGAGCAAGCUUGA